AUGCUGCUCCUCACCCUCUCCUGUUUAGCCUCCCUGACCAGCGGUGUCCAGGCAGGCUGUGGCCUCCGACCAUCCUACGAGUCCUUCCAGAACACUGGCAAGAGGAUUGGGACAGGGACAGACGUCACACCCGGGGAAUUCCCGUGGCACGUGAGCAUCCAGAGCCACGGGAAGCACAUCUGUGGAGGCACCAUCAUCAGUGCACUGUGGAUUUUAACUGCAGCCCACUGCUUUGCAGAUGAGCUGCCACCAGAUCUGACGGUGGUGGUGGGGGGAGUUAACCUCAGCCUCCCUCUGGAAGAGUGCCACCCAGACAGCCUCAUCCUGCACGAGGAGUUCAACAGGACCAGCCUGCAAAAUGACAUUGCCCUGAUCCUGCUCAGCACUCCCAUCGAGUUCAGCACAGAGAAGAUUCCCGUCUGCCUGCCCUUCGUGUGUGACAGGGACACGUGGCAGCACUGCUGGGCUGCUGGCUGGGAGAACACGAGUGCAGGUGGACAGCGGGGGACCUCUGGUCUGCAGCUACUGGGACACCAUGAAGUGGUUCCAGGUCGGCAUCAUCAGUGGAGGAAAACCAAAGCACAGGAUUUUAACCCCUGUUUGCAGCUACCAGGACUGGAUUGAGAAGGAAACAGCCAUAAGGGGAAAACCUUUCUUCACUGAGGGUGUGGACAGUGGAACACAUCUCAGGGUUGCUCGUUCCAGGGCUGGAAGACAGGUGGUGUUUCGGGGGUGUUGUCUCCUUUUAUUCAUCUUUUUAAUAGCAAUUAAA